AUGUGCAGUUCUGUAGUACACCAGUUUUGGAAACACACGAGUUUAUUUCUUUCCACGGCUCAUUGCAAUCUUGUUGCCGUUUAAUCGUCGUUAAUGGGAUAUAUGGAAAUAGACUGAUCAACGCAUCUGAUGCAAUCCCCUAAAGGCUUGUGAAUCCAACAAUAUGCUGAUGUAAGACUGUGUGUAUUGGAAGCUCGGAGUGGCGUAGCUGUGCUACUUGCUAAUGUUAUGGACUGAACUGCAGGGAACGCCGCCGCCCGUGAUUGACAGCCGACUUGAAACGUUGCGUUACGAAUUUAUUCAGUGGCUAUGCAUCUGAUGACAUCACGCGGUAAUAAGAACAUCUGACAGCAAAUUUGGGACUUGGGUCUUAAAAAAUGGCCGGUUUUACAGAUCUGCGGGAGAAGCUAAAGUCGAUGACACCACACAAGGAAAAAGUAUUCGAGCACAGCAAUGGUGAGAAGCGCAAACACCACGAGUCAGAUGAUGGCGAGAGCGGCAACUACGAGGAGUGGCGAGAAGAGGAGGCCCGCAAAGUGAAGAGUGGAAUAAAGCAGGCAUGUAUCUUCACAGCGGAGGAUUGUGCUCGGAUUGAGGCAAAGAUCGACGAAGUGGUUGCCAAAGCAGACAAGGGGCUCUACCGGGAGCACACAGUGGACCGGGCACCCCUGCGAAACAAAUACUUCUUCGGGGAGGGCUACACUUAUGGCUCGCAGCUGGAGAAGCGCGGUCCUGGGCAGGAGCGCUUGUACUCCAAAGGCGAGGUGGAUGAGAUCCCGGACUGGGUGCAUGAGAUGGUGAUCGAUCAGCUCGUCUCGCAUGGUGUCAUACCAGAGGGCUUCGUUAAUAGCGCCGUUAUCAAUGACUACCAGCCUGGGGGGUGCAUCGUGUCCCACGUGGAUCCCAUUCACAUCUUUGCGCGGCCCAUCGUGACCGUAUCAUUCUUUAGUGACAGUGCGCUCUGUUUCGGCUGCAAGUUCCAGUUCAAGCCCAUCCGCGUGUCCGAGCCGGUGCUUCACCUGCCCGUGAGGCGCGGCAGUGUCACCAUACUCAGUGGCUACGCGGCUGAUGACAUCACACACUGCAUCCGCCCACAGGAUAUCAAAGAGAGAAGAGCUGUCAUCAUUCUGAGAAAAACAAGACAGGAUGCCCCUCGCUUGGACACAAAUUCACUAAGCCCUUCCAUGCCUCCUUCUGAGAGACGCCACGUACUCAAAGCCAAACGCUCACAUCGCAAGGCUGACCCCGAUGCUGCACACAGGCCUCGUGUACUAGAGAUGGACAAAGAGCUGCAGAGGCGUACCCUAUCCUCACGACAGAGACGUCACUGUGACACCGGUUCUGAAAACUCCUGGAGGAGAGCUGAAGAGGGAGAUCCAGGCUCGCGCUACACACACUCGCAUCACACACAGGACCACACCCCUGCACGGCGAGUCAAAGUGAGACGUCACUGAGACACUCAUAGUCAGAACUCAAUGGUGAUCCCUUUGACACAUUUAAGGUUGCUUAUGGGGAUUGAAAGCAAAUGGAGUGAACAGUUAAAAAAAAUGCUUCCAGUGUGGGUCUCAAAGACAGUAGAUGGAGGCUGCAGGACAUUUUGCUUUACUUAUUAAGAGGCUUGAUCUAUCUAUUCAGACAUGUCAAAAAAUGCUACUUAAAGAUCCACUAUAUUUUGUUGUGUGUUUAAAGAACUGUAUGGAAUAAAAGACAUCUAAACCGACUAGUGGAGUUCAAUCACAAUUCACUAAUAGCCCAUUCUUAUAGGAAAAGUUUACUUUAAAAUCAAUGCACUCCCAAAUGAUUUUAGGUUUCUCUGACUUAACAUGUUGGUUUCAAGCACAAUGCUCACUCAAUUAACAUUAUUAAAUAAAACUGGUGUCAAUUGGUUGAUUUUCUCAAAGAUAUGUUUAUGAACUGCUCUUUUGAAUCAAAAUUGUUGCUGUAAGAGUUGGUUGAGUUCUGUUAUUCAGUGCAUAACCUAUUAGUAGCUUUCUGGUGCAGGCCAGCAAACCACUUUUAGGCAGCACUAGUUGCAAACUUUAGAAGCCAUGCAAUCAAAAGCAAGAGGCAAAGUAAAAUGCAAUUAAAGUUAAUUUGCAUUGUAUUAAAUUAAUAAACAUGCAUUUAAAUGGAGUACAGUGGCUUCUCCAUGCAUUCGCCUCAAUGCGUACACUGUGCAUACAGUGGAUCCUUACUUUUACUGACAUCUUGAAGAGGAAGUGAAACCUAGAGCAAAGAAUCAAAUUUGAUAUGACACACAAUAUUUCUAACUCAAAUGGGAGAAUUAGUUGUGUAGUUAUUUGAAUGUUUUUUCUUUAUCUGCUUCUUACAUCCAAGGUUUGUUGCUUAAAAAGGUUCAGUUUUUCGUAGCUAAACAAUUUAAACCGAUUUGAUGAAAAACAUAAGAAUGAUUAGAAUUGGCAUGGUAAUUGUUGAUUUUAGGAUCUUUAUUUCUGCAGGAAACAAUGUUAAAAGAAUGAAUGCAAACAUGAGAGCUGUUAUUUUAAAACCUGUAUUUUGGUUGAAAGUUGAAAUGAAGUAAAUUUAGAUCGUGUUUUUCCAGUUUUCAAUGAGCUAAUGGGUUUAUAAGACAAUGUAUCUGACAACAUGCAGCAUUUUUUCUAUUCACAUAAUUAUACAUAUAAUCUGCAGUUUAAAUGACAUUCACUUUAAUGAAAUAAAUAUUUUUGUAUUUAAGAUGGACAGUCCUGGGGGAAAAGUUUGGUUAAAGAGACUGCAAAAAAGAUUAAAAGAGAGAUGAUCUGAUCUCACUUUAUUGAAUGUUUUUGUUUUAGGAAUUUUGGGAGUUUCUCCACAUCUGUUGUAUUGUUUUGUAACUAGCCCUUUAACUAAACAUGUCACCCAAUGUUUAAUUUCAGUUUGCAAUUGUUUUGCCUAUUUAUAUGGGAUAUGAAGAUCUUUAAAUUCUCAGUCAAUACUCAAUACAAGUUUUAUCUUCCCAUCUGAUAUUCAUAAAUUAUGCACUGUCUACUUAAGAUUAAAAAUAAAUAAAAGGA